CUCAAUAAUUUAAUUGCUGUAGAAAUUUAAUAAAAAUAAUCACGAUGAUGUUGAUAAAGAGUAUUGUAUUGAGUGCAUUGUUCGCCAGUGUUUCGUGCUACGAAUUCAAAAACUUCAAAUCAUCAUCAACAAAUCCUCCAAUCACACACACAGAUAUGGCUCAACUUUUUGAACUUUGUUUUGCAAAUACAUCAAAUCCAAUCGCAAUAACUGAAAAUUUGGUAGAGACAUUUCAAAAAAAUUUGCCCAUCACAAUAAAGGCGCCUGUCAUUAUCAUCAACGAAAAUUUCAUCUCCAAAGACAUUCAGCUGUACUAUCCAACUUACCCGAUGUAUAUUUUAUCGGUGUCGAGUGCUCAGGAGAUGUUCGAACUCUUAUCAAAAUUGCUGUCUUCACCGUUAUGGAGUCUAAAAUCCUCAUUCUUUGUGGUCUUCGAACCCGAAAAAUAUUGUGUGCAUUCAUGGGAAUUUCUCGAUGCGCUGUGGCAGUUAGGAUUGUUAUCAUGUAUCAUAGUGUGCUCCAACAACGAUAAUGAAACCAGUCUGUAUACUUAUAAUCCAUUCACAAAUCGAGCACCCGAUCCUUGGGUCGAAACUAAUAUAAGUUGGCUCGACCGACGUAAUCUACCAUUGACCCUUUACAACCAAUCUUUUUCAAACGGUAAAUACUCUUUCUUAUCAUCAUAAUUAUUAUCAUUAUCACUAUCUUAGCUAAUAAACGACGAAAAUAUUUUGAAUUUUUUCAGAUUAUAAAAUAUGUGAGACUCUGUUUUUCGAUAAAACUAAAGUUCUUGAUGGCUAUCCCGUUAAAAUCGGCUCACUAAACUUAAUGAAAUCUAGAAAUUUAGAUACCAUACUUGAUUCUUUAAACAUGACUCGACAAACAAUACUUUUUGAUUCUCAAAAUUUCUCAAAGGCACUAUUACUACUAUCCGAUGGAACUUACGAUUUGACACAAUUUACCCUGGGCUUUUCAUGUCCUGGUUAUUUAAACACGGUGCCAUUUAUGCAAGAAUUAUCUUAUAUCAUAGUAACACAAAAGGCAAAUUAUAUAUCAGCAUCUUAUGAAAUUGCACAUGUAUUCGAUAUUAAUGGAGCCAUAGCGAUAAUUUUUCUUCUUCUUGUAAUCACCCUCUUGAUUGUAUUGCACAAUGAGUAUCAGAUCGGAUUGGCUGUUCUGGAUGUCCUGAAGCUGCUGAUGAGUAUGGGGAUCGAUGCACCUCUCGACCGUCUCGCCAUGAAAAUCACCUUCUUCACGGGGUUUUUCUUUGUUUUCAUCUUUAGUUCAUUGCUUGAGGGUCAAUUAUUUGCCGUAUUAACUCGCCCGCCGACUUAUAACAUGGAAUCCCUUAAAGAUUUGUACGAUCACAAGUAUCACGUAUAUUAUACGUCGAGCCUCCGUGAAUAUAUUUUAGAAGAGCAAUUAUGGAAAACUGAUGAAGAUAUGAAAUACUUACAUCCCAUUCUCGAAUUGGACCCUAUAGACGAUUGCGUGAAAAAAGUUAUCGAAAAUAAUAGAGCUGCGUGUAUGGCUCAAGAUUGGCAACUAAUUGACUACGCUGUUAAACAUAAUUUGCAUAUAGCACAACGAGUCGUGCUGAAAACACCGAGUUUCUAUCAUACGCAUCUAUUUUGGGCUCUGAUGGAUCGCUUUUACCAUGAAUCGUUGAACCUACAAGAGUCAGGAAUGAACGUUUUCACAACACGCCUGAUAAAAUCACGGAAGAAACUGAAAGCUAUAAAUAGACUUAGUAGAAUCGUUGAUUAUCGAAUAAUUGACGCUGUAGAUUUAACGAAUUUGUAUGUAUUUAUGGCAUUUUUCCAGUGUUUGGCAGUUAUUGUUUUUGGUAUUGAGUAUAUUAUCGGACGUUAUCGCCGUCCCAUACAAUAAAAAAUAAAAAUCCGUUAACUUAAAAAAAUUGUGUGUUAUUAAUAAAAGUGCAGUCGCGCGUGCUCGGCUUAAUGAAUUUGAUCACUUGGAUUGUCU